AGCGGCUGCACCGUGUAGAUACGGUCUUUAAAGGGAAAUGAGGCGGUGUGUGUUUCUCGCCGUUGCGGGGUGUUAGGUACCCACUUUCUGUCCUAGCACCGCAAAAAGAAAGCAAAUGCUCUCCCGCGCCUGGAGUGUCAACCUAGUCAGCCGUGGCAUGUUUCUUCCUCUGCGUUUUCAUUCAAAGUGCUCUGUCGGUAACGACCCUCCAUUUCAUCACAACAUUCUGCUAAGCCUUGCUCAGUUGAACAUAAGGUCAUUGCUGAGAGUGCAUCUUAUUUGUAAGCAAGUCUGUUGUUAGCCUGUCCUUAUAUACAUGGGUUUUAGUUUUGAACAAUGCUCUUCGUAUGUCUGUGCGUGCCUUUGGAAAUGAAAAAGGAAUGGGAAGGUAAAUAUUAAAAAAAAAUUGUGUUAGAAUGAGCUUAGGUUUUACUGCUUAUCUGACAGACUUCAAAGUAGAGAAAUGAAUUUUUGAUCAUGCUCUGAAUAUUCAAGAAACAUAGAAGAUCUUGUAAAACGUGUUAAAAAUUCCGUCACUGUUGCAAGGACUGGCAAAGCUGGGGCUGCCUCCUGCACCUUGUCUUCACGGCAGCCUUACCUCACAUUGAGCCCUUGGUAUUGCCAAGAGAUGGUGAGCAGAGUGGUGGUGGUGAUGUGCAGCAUUUGACAGGCUGACAGGCCAGCCAACCAAACCAAAGCUGCCAGAACUCCCCUGCCCUCCACCUUUGUGCAGGGAAGUUGCUGUUAUCCAGGUAGUUAGCCGGGAGCCAGGCUAAUGUGUGGGGAGAGGACAGUGAAGAGAAGAUGGAUUCAGCAGCAGUGGUGGGUUUCAGCUGUGAUGGAGGCAUCAGCGAGACCCACAGGGCUUUGGCUUCAGUGCCUACAUCAGUAGUGGAGUGCAGCAGUCAAGAGGUAGAUCGUGGAGCUCUCAGGCCUCGUGCUGUCAGAUAGCUCUGUUUGCACCAGCCAUGGGUUCUAACUGGUGUGCAGUUGUCCCUUCAUGGCGUUGUUCCCUUUGUAGUCAGCAGUUUGCCUGUUUCUUCAGAUGGUGUGGACAUGGAACUUAGAUACUAGGUCUGCAUUUGACCUUGCAUAGAUGUUCCAACUGCUUUUAAUUCCUGUGACUUGAUGCUUUGAGACUGAAAUGCAUCUCUGUGUUGUUCACUUCUCUCAGGAGGAAGUGAAUAAAGAUACUCAGUAAUGAAGCACUGGAGUAUUUGGCUGUCUUCUAAAUAUCACCUCAAUCUUUCCUAGACUGAAUUGCCCCAGGAUGUUCUCACUUGAUAGUCCUGUAGUGCCAACACUUUGGGUCUAAGGGCACCCUUGUGCAAGUCAUCCAGAGAUGCUGGUGGUGCCUCAGGCCAACAUCUGUUCUGGUGUUUCCAGGAGGGCUUGUUGGGAGGAGAAGUGACCAGUUUGCCUCAGUCUGCCUCCCUGUCCCUCCACACGUACGCAUGCAUACAAGAAGGUGGAGCCCUGAGGGUGGAAUAACAACCCAUGUAUUUUCUGACAGAUAGCAAAACAGACAUGUUAACCUCAGUGUGGGUCCUGCCCAGCUCGUGUACAGCUCUUACCUCUAGGUAAAGUCUCACUUGUCUUCCUGGCCUUGUGGGAGAUGAAGAAGCAGAGAAGCAAGGAGCCCCUGCCAGGUCCAUAUAAACCUGUCCCUGGAGACAGGCUGAUAAAAAUUAAUGAUAACGGAAGGCAGAAGUUGCUCACGAACCUGUUUAUUUCAUGAUGUGCAGAUUGUAAUCUCAGAGGACUUCUGUAGUCCCUCAGCUUUGCUCAGGCCUGAAACCAGUCUGACUGAUGAUUAGCGAGGGAAUCCGGCAUCACCGUGCUGCUUUCUCUUGUGGAUGUAAAUCAGGAGUAAUUGCAGAGCAGUCAGUGCAAAAGCACCUGGUCAGCGUGGUGUAGUGAUGGGACUGUGGCCAUGGGAAUUGCUUUCUUGUCUUCAUAGCCUUGCUCUGAAAAGGUGCCUGGGAAGCAGACAAACCAGAGGCAAUAAGCUGAUGUUAGAAGAUGAGUCUAAAUAGCAAUCUGCUCUUUUCCCUGGUGAGAACUGCUGAUUUCCUAGCAACGUUCAGGGCUUUCUCUCACCUUUUCUAAUGGUAAGAGGUGAGAAGCAUCCUCGGCUUACUCAGAGCAGCUGAAAUUAUGAGUACAUAGAAAAAGCCAUCCAGCUCAGAAAUAUGUAAGAAUGCCAGUGUUCUGAACCAAGAAGAAACUUUUUUUCUUGCCCAGUUUAACUGAGCCCUGCUGAUAUUGCUGUCCUACUUCCUCCCACAUUGCUUGUUUCCAAAAUAUAUGACAUCCAGAUAAAGAUUUCUCCUCUUCAGUGUGCCCUCGCAGUUACUCCAUCCGUAUUUCAUAAUUCAAGUCUGCAAUCCAAAGCCGCAAGGGGUCCAAUAAUAAAAGCUUUUUGCUGUAAAUACUGUACUGACUUAGGCCAAGCCACAAUUGAAUGCUAGAGGCCAAGGAAAAAUGUGAGCCCAGCAAAAAGCUUUAAUCACAAGGGAUGGAGAGAACACAUGGGGCUGAGAUACAUCAGUUCCAAUCGUAUUUUCUAAACCCCUCGUACUCAUGAGAAGUUUGCUUCUUGUGUUAAGUGCUAGACGCAUUUCAUGGUUCUGUGGAAUUUGCUGUGGUUGAGUGUGUUUGAAAACCGAGAAGAUGUUGCAGUUGCUUUGGUUUCUCCAGAGUCACUUUUCACUGUGGGAGGAAACUGGGCUGUGUGACUAGCCAGUAAGACAAGACUGGUGUUUUUUUCUUCACAUUCAUACUUUAGUCCUCUCCUGCCAUAUUCCCAAAGGAUAAUAGUUUUAAUUUGUAAAUACUUGUGCUUAAAUAUGUAUGUGUUUGUGUAAUGAGCAGGUAAAUAAGUUUUCGGUUAGAAGCAGUGCACGAUGAAAUCCAUGGGGUUUUAUUUUUAGGCAGUCAUUCGAAGAAAAUAAUCAGUUAUUACCAAAAGUAAUCACAGAUCCUGACGUGUCUGCAUGCUGUCAUCAGGGCACUGCAGGUUUAAGUUACAUUUAUUGUACUACUGAUGUAGAUUAUUUAAAUCAUUUGGCUUACUAAGGUGAUAUUUUGGAUAUCAAACUGUUAUCUGGAAGUAAAGACUUUCCUGUCUGCCUUUGUACAGGGUGAUCAGAACUGAACCAGGUGUGCCAGAUGCAGCAAAAAUUUCUGUAUUCAAUUGCUUUUCUCUGUGUUUUGGUUCUUUGUAAUGUAUGUCCAUUUGGAUGGCACACGCAACCUAGCAAAUGCCAGCAAGUUAUUGUCAGUUGUUGUAAUUUUGCUGCCCUGUUCUUAAUAAAACCAUGUACUUAGAGGUAAAUUGCUGCUAUUUAUGCUAUUUUCUGUUGCCCUUUCCCAGCUUACUUAUUUAAAGCACCUGAAUGAUUCAGUUACUGAAGUAUUUUUAGUGGAAAAAAAUAUUUAGAAAUGCUUUUAGGUUGCAUGUUAGUUUUUUAGGAAGCUUAUUCUUACUUUAUGAGCAAUAACAUUGAGAUGUAGAGUUUGUCAUUACUAAAGCAGUGGUGUUUUUGUAAAAUUCUCAUCAUUCCUGGUGUGCAAAUGCUUUUUUUUUUAUGUAAGCCUUCAAUAUUUUGCUUUUGUCAGGUAGUACUUCUCUAUCCAAUUAGGAUCCUCUGUAAAGUUCUCCCUUUUUUCUCUUCGGGUGCUGUGCUGAACAUUGAAGUCUCAAUUUAGUAAAAACUUCCCUUUUAAUACACAGUGUUUGUUGAGGAAAUAUGAAUCUCACCAGAUAGACACACAUUUGUGAGCUGCGUACCUACUCUGGAGCCAAAGAGGACUUCUUGAAAGUGCCUUAGUCUGCAGAUGAUCACAUUUAAUUUUGUAAAUGAACUUUGCAGUGUGAUUAAAUUUGAACUUGAUUACAUUAGGCUUCUCAACAUGGAGUUUGUUCCUUAUUGGAGGUAGUCUUUUCAUAUUACUGCUAUUUAUGGAUCUUAUUCAAGUGUUUUAUAUUCUGGUUGGGUUCUGCAAUGCAGUUUGUCCAAGCUACUGCUUAUAUCUGUUCCAGUUGUGCAAGAAGUGGAAAAUAUCCUUUAUUUAGAACAGGCCACGUGUGCUUGCGUCCAGGAACCAUGUCUGUGCGUUUGAAAAAAAAAGUAUUUUGGAAGAACAGAUUUAAUUUAAAAGUUCCUGAAAUAUUUUUCCAUCUGUUCCAGAGGAACAUUACGUAUUUUAAACUAGCAGGUAGUAAUAGCUGAGUUUAAAGUGAUACGUAGGCAAGCACUGACUGAAGUCCAUGGUAAAAGUCUGAACCGAUGUCAGUGGGAGUAGAGCUAAGCCAAAAGUACGUCUUUGAAAUCUCCCCGGUAAUGUUUAUGUGAGUGAGUCAAUAAUCCCAUGUUUUUUGUGCACCUCAAAUUUGCUUUACUGGGAAGGAAACCCUCGCCACAUCUUUUUGUACUCUUUUAUUUUAGAAAACAGGCUUAAAACGAAAGGCUGCAAUUGGAGUGUCUGUUGUAUAAACAUGUGGAGACAAUAGGCGAUAUUUCUUUGUAUUUCUUUAUCCUGGGAGCUGGUGCUGCUCCCUGUCUGUAGCAGAGCAUUCUCCAUGGUGAGAGAUCCUGCUUGACCUUUUCUCUUCUGCAGAACUCUCGCUCUGUUAUUUGCAGUAGGUCUUUGCUAUUUAGCGAGGAAACAGAAAUAGCCCAUGAAAUUCAGUUCAGCACUUGCUUUGAUACGAGCUAUUGAACAUCACCUUUUUGCUUCCCCAGCCUGCUUUCCUUGAGAGGGUUUUGUUCAGCUGCCAGGCUGAUCAGAGGGUGCACAGAUAUUUGGAGGCUGAGCUGACUGCACUGACUGUGCACCUUUUAGUGUGCACAUGUGUUUUCUUUUUGUUUAUUUGGACUGCUGGCUGUAUUAUUUGUGUGUAAGUACAUAUGAACUCUGAAUUAAAUAAAUCCAUACCUUUCUGGUGAGCAGGAAGCUUCCCUAGCUGGCUACUACUGAUUUAUGGAAUCCAGGUGAUAAUUUGAAUCAAUGUAUUCUUUUGCCUUUUAAAUGGCUGCUAAUAAACUGAGGCAGCCCUACUGAUGGAUAGCUGGGGUGCCCUGGUACUGUGUGUAGGGGAGAUAAUUUCACAAGCUUCUGGACCUGAAUUUUUGGGGCUGCUGUGGAUCUGUCAGUUGUCAUUAACAAGUCAUUGCAGAGCUCAUUCUGCCCCGUGUAUGCUUUUAUUUUGCACUUAGGGUGAUGCAUCAGAGGUUCUUUCUGGCAUGGUGGGGUGGCAGCGUGACUAAUUCCUGCUGUACGGUUUGGUCAGUAUCUAGAAGAAAACUGGGAAACAGAAGCAGAAGAGACUUGCAAAUGCAUUAUUUUAUAAACAAACUCAGCCUCUCACCACAUUCUAUGAUUAAAAGUUUAAUGGGAAGAAAUCUGUACAGCUGCUUAAAACUGAGGGUACAGGAGAAACCUGUUCUGACACUUACUAUGCUGUCCUUCUAUUUCUAGGUUUGCUUUCCAAAGCAACAUGCUCCAAGAUUUUGAAAAUGAAACAGAAGGAAUAACUUUCUGUUUACUUUUCUGCUAAAAAUUCAAAUUGUGUGUUGGCUGUUAAUUGUCUUCCGAGAACUAUCUGCUGUUGCAGCGUUGAGAACAAAAUGAAAGUCCAAGUUCAUUAAGCUGCUUAGGCUCUUGGCCAUUAUUGUCUGUCUCGUUCUAUUUUGGAUUCAAAAAGUUUUUGAAAUACAUUUGUUUUAGCAUUUUUUUGUUUGGUAAAAUUCACUGUUCUUUAAUAUCAUUUUUGCUGUAACAACAACAACAUGAUUAAGCAUCAUGGCAUGGCAGAUUUUGCUGGACAGUUAACUCUCGUGUUGCUAUCUUAGUGCACUAGAACUAUAAUGAUUUUAUUUAUUUUUUUGUAAUAAUCCCAGCAGCUAAACAGUGACAGGACAAUUUUUAGCUUGCAUGUAGUUUUGCAUUUCACUUCAUGCUGAGGAAAAACAGCACAGGAAAAGGAAUGUUGUUACAUAUUCAUAAUAUAACAGUGCUGCUGCUUUAGUUGCAACAGCUGUAAAAAAGCUGAUGCUGCUUUGAGUGUCAAGAUUGAAAUAUUUAGGUUCACAGGAACCGCAGGCUGUAAUGCAGUCUGAAGCAGAUCAGCCUGUCCUCCAGCCCACCUCCGAGCUUGGAGUUACAUGCAGUUGUCAGUGUUAGACAGGCCAAGGGCCCUUGGUGCUUUAGGUGGAUGCUGUGGAUGGCCACUAGCAAUUUUGGGGUGCCUUUUGAAAGGGCUCUCCUCUGGCUCAGGAUCUUUGGCCAGAAUUUCAUCUUGCGAUUUGCAUAAGCUUUUCAAUCAUUGCUGUCUGUGGGCUUCACCUGAAAAUAAGCAUUUCAAAGAGGACAAAGGAAUGUCCAAGUGGAAGAAGAUGGUCUGGGCAUCACUGUACAAGUACAAAAAUGGUGAGAAUUAAUAAGGAAGGCUUGCAAUACAACUGCUAGCUAACACUUUAACCACUAAUAGUGUCUUUGGAUCAAGCUCAUUUUUUCUGGUAACAUCUCUGCUGCAAGGGCUGCUGUACUGUUUGUGUUAGCAGCUUUCUGCCAAGCAUGCAAGCCAGGGUCUGGUGGUUUAUAGCUUUUUCUUCUUCCGUGGUAAGUGAUUAUGUAGAAAGGCUCUGCAGGCUCCCUGUGCCCUGACCUGCUGCUCACAGCUGCUGCGUGGACUGGACUGGCAGGUUGAAGGGCAAAAAUGUGUUGCUGUGAUAUAUAAUUACUUCUUCUAGCAUGAGCCAACAGAGCUGCUUGCUGUGAUGAUUGUUACGUGUGCUGCUAUGUAAAACAGAAUGCAAGUUUAAUGUAGGGUUUGGGCUAGUAUUUUAAUGUUGUAAUUAACAGCCUCUAACCGUAAACAAGUUUUUUUUUAAAUCAGUUCCCAUGAAGAUUAUUCCUUUACGAUGUAGGCGGACAUACAUUUGCAGACGUGGAGUUUAUGAAUUCUGUAUUACUUGCAGAAAUGAGCAUCAAGAACAAAAAACUACCUCUUUUUCGGACCCUUUUUCUCUUAAUUUAGAAUACCACAUGUACGGCGUCAGGUGGCUGGAGAUCAGUCCUGCAGUUGGUAUUUCACAGGGACGUUUCGGCCAAGGGAAACAGUCGCAUUUGAGACGAUGUGGCAGUUCCCUUUUCUUGGAAGAACUGGAUUCAUCCUUCUUAAAUGUUCCUCAAAAAACGGUGAUCUAGUUUCACAGCAAUUCCGAGCAUCCUGGCGCUUCCAAGCCUCCCUUAAGCUCCUCCAGCAUGACCUCACGAAUCCUGCUACGGCAGCAGCUCAUGCGUGAGCAGAUGCAGGAGCAGGAGCGUCGGGAGCAGCAGCAGAAGCAGCAAGCAGCCCAGUUCAUGCAGCAGCGAGUGCCCGUCAGCCAGACACCUGCCAUCAACGUCAGCGUCCCCACCAGCCUGCCCCCCGCCACCCAGGUGCCCAUGGAGGUCCUCAAGGUGCAGACACACCUUGAGAACCCAACCAAGUACCACAUCCAGCAAGCCCAGCGGCAGCAGGUGAAGCAGUACCUCUCCACCACCCUCGCAAACAAACAUGCCAACCAAGCCCUGAGCUUGCCAUGUCCCAACCAGCCCGGUGACCAUGUCAUGCCGCCUGGAACUGGCAGCAGCGCGCCCAACAGUCCCAUGGCGAUGCUCACCCUUAACUCCAACUGCGAGAAGGAGGGAUUUUAUAAAUUUGAAGAGCAAAGCAGGGUUGAGAGUGAGUGCCCGCCUCUGAAUACACACUCACGAGCAUCAUGCAUGCAGAUGGAUGAUGUGAUCGAUGACAUAAUUAGUCUGGAGUCAAGUUACAAUGAAGAAAUCCUUGGCUUGAUGGACCCAGCCCUGCAAAUGGCAAAUACGUUGCCUGUGUCUGGCAAUUUGAUUGACUUGUAUGGCAACCAAAGCAUGCCUCCUCCAGGACUAAACAUCAGCAACUCGUGUCCAGCAAACCUUCCUAAUAUAAAAAGGGAGCUCACAGCGUGUGUUUUUCCCACAGAGUCAGAAGCGAGGGCAUUGGCUAAGGAGAGGCAAAAGAAAGACAAUCACAACUUGAUUGAACGAAGAAGAAGAUUUAAUAUUAAUGAUCGUAUAAAAGAACUAGGCACUUUGAUACCCAAGUCAAAUGACCCGGACAUGCGCUGGAAUAAGGGAACUAUUCUGAAAGCAUCAGUGGACUAUAUCCGUAAGCUGCAGAGAGAACAGCAACGCACGAAGGAGCUUGAGAACAGACAGAAGAAGUUGGAACAUGCCAACAGGCACCUGCUGCUCAGAAUACAGGAACUUGAGAUGCAAGCUCGGGCACACGGACUGUCCCUUGUUCCAUCUACAGGCCUUUGCUCCCCUGAUAUGGUCAACAGGGUCAUCAAACAAGAACCUGUGCUGGAGAACUGCAACCCAGACAUCAUGCCGCACCACACAGACCUGUCCUGCACAACCACCCUUGAUCUCACCGACGGUACCAUCACUUUCAGUGACAACCUUGGGAACGUGACUGAACCGACUGGCACUUACAGUGUUCCUCCAAAAAUGGGAUCUAAACUGGAAGAUAUCUUGAUGGACGAUACCCUUUCCCCCGUUGGAGUAACUGACCCGCUACUUUCCUCUGUGUCUCCUGGAGCAUCGAAGACAAGUAGCAGGCGGAGCAGCGUGAGCAUGGAGGACACCGAUCAUGCUUGUUAGCAUAUACUUGGCCCACCUUUCAUAAACUGCUUUGUUUCUUGAUCAGUAGAUUAAAUAAUUUACCUUUUGUAGAAUUUUCUGAUUUUUUUUUCCUUGUGCUUCAUCAGUAGCCCAGUGUGUGUGUGUAUGUAUAUAUAUUAUAUAUAUAGGAAUUUUUUUUAGAACUUUUUGUGAAGAAACUUGUAUAUUCUAUUUUAAAACUACCAAUGCCUCCAAAAUAUUGUACAGCAUAUGUACAGUAUCUGUGAACUGGAUUCGCCAAGAAUUUUGAACUGGUCAAAUCUACUCAAAGCAAUAGGAUUACAAAUGAAGAGUCUGUUUCUACGGGGGGGAGGCAGGGGGGAAUCGUAGUAUUGUAAAUGCAACCUAUUUACUCGGAAACAAAAUGUAAAGUUAAAGAAUGUAAAGAAACCAAAAAAAAAAAGUCCAAUUUGUAAUUGUAUUAAUUGAAUAGUGCUGCCUUAAAGAUACAGUGUCCCUCAAAAGCUGGUCUUCACAUGACAAGUGUUUAGGGAAAAGCAACCUGCCCUACUCCACUCAGAGUACAAACAAUAACAACAACAAAAAGUAUUAAGACAUCCUGAUUGUGUGUUUCUAGUGACAUAAAUUCUGUUGCUGAAAAUUGCAGCGAGACGUGAGUCUUUUUCUCAGAGUGCCGUUUAAUUUUACUCUGAGCCGAUUUGAGUUUUCCUUUUGAUCAUGGGUUGAGUUUUUCUCUUGGAUCUUUAUUUUGUGCUGUAGCACGCAUUGAUGGUUUGCCAACAGUAAACCAAGCAGGAGCACUGUACGUUGGUAUACACUUUUUGGACAAAAAAAAACAGAUACAUAUUAUCAGCUGGGCACAUUAUGUUGUACAUACCUAAUUGGCUUUAUUUUUUUUAAAUUGCAUUGUACAGUUUAUUUUGAUUUGCAUGGAUUCCUUAGUUAGCCUCAACUUUUUGUUUUAAAUGUAUUUGUAUUUCAUUUGUAAGAUUUUUGCCUCUUAAUAUUGCAACAAUUUUUUGACAUUUUUAAAACUCAUUGGAAGUUUUCUGCAUUCUUUGUAAACACUUGAAAGGAAGCUUUUAUGCAGGGUUCUGUGUUUUAAGAGAGAUUUUGAGAAUAUUUUGUAUAUUACAGUCUCACUUUGAAGAUGUUUUUAAACACAUUUAAGGUAGAGUAAAAAUUUAGAUUAGGUAAUAAAAUAACUGUGUAGAGAAAAUGAACUUACAUAUUUAUUUUUAGUGAUACAGAAAAAAGUAGUAAUAUGCUUGGAAACAUAACUAUGUAGUUAAGAUACCCGUUAUAGUAACUUGUGUUUUAUUUCAGCACUGGGGCUGACGUAAGAAAAACAAACAAACAAAAAAAAAGAGUAAAUUACUGUAUCUGCAAAUAACUGUUACUUGAUAACAAUGUUAUUAAUUUUUAACAUGCAACAAUGUUGUAAAAGUAGUCGGGUGCAUUAUCUACUCAAGUGUAGUCCUAUGCAAUAACGGUAGUUAUACAUGUAUUAUAUCAAGCCGAGGUGUUUUACGGAGGUGAGAUGUGGUGUUUGGAGCUGGACGGAUUGCCUGGGUUUCUCACUAGCAGCCCACAGCUGGCUCGCGAGCAGUUCUCGUUCAGAAUGAAGUGCCUUAAACUCUAGUUGUAGUCUUCCUCGACUAGCACUGACUGAAGUGUGGCAUAGGAGAGAGCUCGAGGGUGAUGUUCUAUAGGACGCUGAAGUGUAGCAUGGUGCCUACGUAUAGAAAACAAGAGCUUCCCGUUCUCCUUUGUGCUACACUGGAAAUGACAUAGGAUGCGUGAAACGGUUAGUGACUUGAGUGCCAAUUUGGCAGGAUUUAUAAGGAAACCUUGGUUGCAGCGGUUAGUGUUCAGAAAUCAAAUGUGAAUUGGGUAGCGUCGGGACAGCUGGGGACAAGGUCGGGAGUUCCCUGUGAUGUGGCUCGCUGAGCUUUCACCCAGACGUUUCCCCGUGGCAGGUUCUGGCCGUGUCCCCUGGCUGGCACCGCUCCUCCCAGCGCCGAUGGCGAGGGGCUCGGCGGGACACGGCUUCGCUGUCACGGCGCUGGGGAUCUCUGUUCCUGUCGCUCUUCUGUGGCUGUUGCUGGCUGCAUCCAGCCAUCUCCAUUUCUGCUUGAGCGGCGAGCUGUGUGUUAGCAUUGAUGCAACCAUCAGGUUGUGGCUUUUCUCUCUUUUUUUUUUUUUUUUUUUUUUUUUAUUUUUUGAAGGAGGAGCUGGAGUUUGAUUAUAAUGAUGCCUCUCCCCCCCACCCCAGACAGCUUUUGGGAAUGUGUCUUUCCUCGGGCAGUGAAGCUCUGGCCCAGGGCAGGACCCGGGAGCCUGCAGGAUGCUCCGCAGCCAUCGUGGUUCUCAGGCAGGGAAGUUCCCUGCGAGGCAGCCGUGCCGUACUUAGCUCUGAGUAUGCGGCUACAGGCUUCUGAUGCUGCCGCUUGGUGACAGGUAAAGAAAAUCAGGGCUGUAAAAUGCUUGUAGUUGUAACACAGGAUUGCAUUACCCUUCCCCAGUAAAAUGGGACAGCUCUGCAGUGUUGUACAAAAUCAGGGUGUGCACCCUUGAGUGUAGUAACUGAAAACCACUGAAUAUAUUGAAUAAGGCUUUUGGUUUGAUGCCCAUGCUGGGCAUUCAGGAAUUGGAGUCUAGGCUGUGGUAUAUAAAUAUUUUUCAAGCUUACAUGAAACCACUGGUACUCGCUGACAGCCACGACUUGUGAUUUUUUUGGCUUCAUACUGUGCAGAGAUGAGUUAGGAUUCAAGGACACCAUUGUAUCAAGAGCUGGAUUUCUUGAUAAAAGUCCCUGUGGCCCCAGCAACCAUGUCGUGUGUUCCUCGUACGUUGCGUUGCUCUGGGGUAACAUGCAGGCUUCUCGCUCUUCACCCCGUGUUUCCUCAGGCUGCAGCCACCUUGGAGUUUGCCCACCCUUGGAGUGGGCACUGCAGGGGGGACGUCUGUGGGAGACACAGACCUCCAGGUGGGUGCGAACUGGAGAUGCCUUUGCCUGUUUGCGCAUCAUGGGACGCGUGGCCGUGCUGUUUUACAGAGGAUUGAUGACAGAGGACAGAGCCAGCAGUUAGAGACAGGGUUUAGCAUGAACUGGGUGGAGUGAGAUGGACAGAAGUUGUCACUCAAUCUGAUGGUCAUGUCUUGUGUGACACUGGACCAGAGGUGGGUUCCUUGAGUGGGUGGGUGGAAUGCCUACCAGUUCUCACUUUGCCAAAGCCAUGCAACAAGCAGGAACAUGCAGAGUACCAUCAAGUUCUUCCUUACUGCUUUUGGCCUACGAAGCAAUAUUUAACUCUUUACAACCUAUAAAAGCAAAAAGAAGGUACAUAAGGAAAGCACAAAGCACAAAAUAAUGCACUUACAUUUAUGUUGUUUGACUUAAAAUGCACUGGGGGGGAAGCUGAUGUUGAUACUAGUAUAAAUACCUAUAUUUCUUGAAAAAGUGACGUUAAUUACUGCCUCUUGCUAUGAUGCUUGGUACUGUAAUGUUGAUAUUCAUCUGCUGUUGACUGCAGCAAUAAUUCGUGUAUGGUCCAUAGCACUGUAAAUUAUGGAUCAAUAUUAAUGUAUCCAAUGAAAUAAUUUGAACUGUUGUUCUUGAUAGAUGGAUUAAAGCAUUUGGUUUUUCACAUA